ACGCGCUAGAUGUAGUGAAUAACGAACCGAAGUCCAAACCGAAGAAAGAAAGUUUAUGAGCCGUGUACCUCCCCUGAACAUUUUGCUGAGUAUUUACACCAAUUUGAGACCUGUGACGUUAUUGCUGGUGUAAUUGGGCUGUGCUAAAUGACACACCCGGCGCAUGGACUCUCCGUCCACGCGCCAUCUGCUUUAGUUGGAGUUGAGGAAGCGCUGUGCGCAUUAGCCAAUGCAACUUUGUGCUGCACGCAACUCUGAGUGAGUGGCUUCGCGUACAUUCUUGGCACCUCUUACUUAGAUUAAUCGGGGAAUUUUUUGUUUUGUUUUUUUUUUUACUUCAACUAAUCAAAUUUUGGAGCAGUUUCCUAAUCCAGCGCAUCAGGUACCUUUGAUUUCCUAAUCCAGCGCAUCAGGUACCUACAUUGAGAGUAGAAGAUGCAGCCACUGAGGACUCUCCUCCUCGUCCUAGCCGUGCUCUGCACUCCGGUCUCCAGCCUGUGUUUGCGCGCGUACGACACCGACUCGGGCUUCCUCUGCGACGGCGUGCUUCUUUCCAGCGCGGACGCGGACGCGGAACGAGUCGUUGAGGCGCCGUACGACGGCGACGAGUCGUCCGAGGAGUCGCGAGAGCGGCGGACUUUACCCGGCUCCAGCUACAAGUUUCUGAGCCACACCUUGCUCAGGAGCAAGAUGUACGGUAACGGAGCAAGGAGUGACCGGCGCAGCAGGGUGACUCUAUCCCUGGACGUUCCCACCAACCUGAUGAAUGCGCUCUUCGACAUCGCCAGAGCCAAGAACCUGCGCGCCAAAGCUGCGCACAACGCGCGUCUCAUGGCGCAGAUCGGCAAGAGGAGGUGAACUUCCUGUGCGCUUCCUGGGUUUUCUUUGUUUUCUUUCCUUUUCUUUAACUUGUGUGUGUGUUAAUUAAUAUGCUUUGAUUGCCUCAAGCAUUAGCAAUAACAUAAAGCACAGAACGGACAGAACAGAGAUGUGUGUAUAUGUAUAUAUAAAAUUACUGACCUUCUGAAACGCUUAACGUGGCUUUCAUGAAUAAAUUAUUUUUUAAAAACAUGUCCAGAUUUGUGUAUGUGAUUUAUAUGUUACUCUUAAAUGCACGUCAUAUACAUGUUGACUUGGUAAAAAAAUAAAUUAAAGGGAAAAAUAAAAGUCAUUGCUCUGUACCUGAAUACAUUGGUGUAAAGUAUAGAUCAGUGACAUAAAGGACAAGUAAUAAACACUGAAGAUGUUUGCAAGAUCAGAUUUAUAAAUAAAACAAGACUCUUAAGAUUGAUGCAGAAUAAAAGCUGAUAUUUUUUUUAAGGAAAACAUGUUUUGUGAAGCUACAGAGCUGCAUUCUUAUUGCAGUUUAUGAGAGAGAGUGAAAAUUCUGCAUUCAAUAAAAUUCUGAUAUAAUGAGAGCAACAGAUUUGGAGAGUUCUGAUUAUAUUUCUGGUAUAACUUUUAACACAAUGUAUGAAAGCGUUAACGACUCAAAAUUACUUAAUUUAAUGUAAUAAUGUAAAUAAGGUUGCAUAUUAAAGGCGACGUAUUAAUCUGAUAUAUUAUAACAACAACAACAACAACAACAACAACAACAACAACAAAAAAUUCCUGGGAUUAUAUUAUAUAUAAUGCUGUCAAACACCUUAUGUAUAAAUCUGAGACGUCAUAUAGCUGUUGUUUCCAUAUAAAUAUUAAUCAAGGUUAAGCUUCAUUCACGUUCAGACUUUACAAAAGCAGCAUUUAUUUAUUUAUUUAUUU